GGGCCAGAUCGCGGACUGACCAUUUGGAAACUCGGGCACUGCCCGAGGGCCCGGGGUCAGAAGGGGGCCCCAUGAGAUGCCCCUGGUACCCUUUUCAUAGGCUUUUUUGAGCUUGGGCAAGGACACAGGGGCCCCAUGAUCCCCUAUUGCCCGGGGGCCCCAUGAGUUGUCAGUCCGCCCCUUGUCCAGAUGAUGACAGAUGUUCUCCAGCCAGGAAAUGAGGCGGAGCUCUAUCUGCCUUGCUGCAGCUUCUAAUGCACAUUAUGCCCCUGGUACCUUUUUCAUAGGCUUUUUUUUUGAGUUUGGGCAAGGACACAGGGGCCCCAUGAUCCCCUAUUGCCCGGGGGCCCCA